AUGGAGCAGUCCUGCUGUUACUUCCCGCUGCGGUGGGAGAGCACGGGCGACCAGUGGUGGUACGCGUCGCCGAUAGACUGGGCGGCGGCCGACGGCCACUACGACAUCGUCCGCCAGCUGCUGCACCUCGACCCCAACCUGCUCAUCAAGCUCACCUCCCUCCGCCGGAUCCGCCGCCUCGAGGCGCUGUGGGACGACGACGCCCGCUUCGCCGACGCCGCCAGGAACCGCGCGUCCGUUGCCCGGAGCCUGCUGCUGGAGUGCGAGUGCAGGAACCCGAACCACCACCUCCCCGCCGCCGCCGGCGGCGGCGGCGGGGAGAACACGCUGCUCCGGGCCGGGUACGGCGGGUGGGUGCUCUACACGGCGGCCUCGGCCGGGGACGCGGCGUUCGUGCGGGAGCUGCUGGAGAGGGACCCGCUGCUCGUGUUCGGAGAGGGCGAGUACGGCGUCACGGACAUGUUCUACGCGGCCGCCAGGGGCGGGAGCACGGAUGUGUUCAGGCUGCUGCUCGACCACGCCAUGUCGCCGAGGUGCUCGACGAAUUGCCGGAACGGCGAAGGCGGUGCCGGGCGCGGCUCCGUGUUCCGCCUUGAGAUGAUGAGCCGGGCCGUCCACGCCGCCGCGAGAGGCGGGAGCGUGGAGAUGCUCAGGGAGCUGCUCGAGGAAGGGCCCUCCAGCGUGUCGACGUAUCUCGACAUCCGUGGAUCCACAGUGCUGCAUGCCGCCGCUGGGAGAGGGCAGCUGCAGGUUGUCAAGUACCUUCUGGCCUCUUUCGACAUAAUCAAUUCGACUGAUAAUCACGGGAACACAGCACUGCAUGUAGCAGCCUAUCGAGGGCACCAACCUGUUGUGGAAGUGUUGGUUGCUGCGUCUCCAUCAACCUUGUCAGCUAUUAACAAUGCUGGUGACACGUUUCUCCAUUCGGCAGUUACAGGAUUCAGGACCCCAGGAUUCCGACGGCUUGACCGCCAAUUGGAGCUGAUGAGAUACCUCAUACGCGAAAGAACUGCAGAUAUCCAGAAGAUCAUCAAUCUGAGAAACGAUGCAGGCCUUACAGCCCUCCACCUGGCUGUGGUUGGCUGUGCACACCCAGAUCUGGUCGAGCUAUUGAUGACCACCCCGUCAAUCGACCUGAAUGCUGAAGACGCUAACGGCAUGACUGCGCUGGCGCUUCUGAAACAGCAGCUGCGUUCAGCAACAUCCGACCGGCUCAUCAGGCAGAUAGUUUCUGCCGGAGGGGUCUUGAAUUCCAGCAUUCUGAGAACCCGAUCAGCCAUUGCUUCUCAGAUCAAGAUGCAGGGUGGGAUUGCAAGCAGUCCCGGUACCACUUUCAAGGUAUCGGAUGCAGAGAUAUUCUUGUUCUCGGGUAUGGGAGCAGUAGAGUCUCUAAGACCAAGCUCGUGCUCCAGCAAUGGGAAGGAUGACCCUACUCAUGCAGAUGCAUAUUGCACCGAUAACCAUGGAUUAUCAGAGAAGAGGCUGAGCUCUGCGAGCCGGGCCAAAGACCGUCUCAAGAUGAUGCUGAGAUGGCCUCGCCACAAGGAUAAGACACCCAAGAAAUCAGAGGACAGCAGCCCGCUGGACUCGAUCAAGAAGCUGAGUGAGCACGGGGCCGAGACCCCUGCUCCACUAAGGCAGAAAUUUACCAAAACAACGGCGCUCAACUGCAAGCGGACCCUAGCGGUGAAGAGCUCCACCCCAAGCUCCUCGUCCACCAAGAAGAAGCUCAACACAAAGCUCAUACACGGCAUCAUGGAGGCCAUGCCACAGCUUGCACCGUCUACCGCACGGUCUGGGUCCCCAACGGACACGCUCCUGAGGACCUCGAUAUCAUCCACACCUCAGCCGCUGGCGAAGCUGAAGGAUAUCUGCCUCGAUGACGAGAUCUCCAUGGUGACGCCACCUGUUGGCAAGCUGAAGGACAUCGUCCUGGACAGUGACGACGCUACGGAGGACCCCUCGUGCUCCAACUCGUCCAUGGACGACGGCUGUGGCACCGGGGCGGCGGAGAGCGCGGCCCGGAAGCACGGGUGCGGCAACGGGAGGCUGAUCAACAUCUGCUUUGGCGCGCAGGGCCUCACUGUGGAGGACUCGGCGAGCGGGCAGCAGACGAGCAAGAUGUUCAAACAGCAGUGCCUGAGGGUGUCCUGA